CUGGUGCGUAAUCAGGCCGGUGCAGCUCCGAGGCGCACAGACACUUUCUGAUUGAUAAGACUCCUUGGAAGGAGCAGGAGCGCAAACUGCAGUUCUGUGCGCUCAUUUCACACCGGACUCUCCCUCGGACGCAUCACGGUUCAAAACAACGGCUGCAAGAGAGAGAAGAGUUUAGAUCAGUGCUUUUCAACUCAUCCUUGGAAUAAUUUGAAUUUGCGUAAUUAUUCUUAAACUUUGACACUUCUGUUGGACAGCUUUGUUUUGCCUUGUGUGGACCUUUUGCAGUUUGGACUAGUUUAUUGACUUUUGCGCAAAACAAAACGCAAACACACAACCUAAGUGAACAUCACGCCGAGGGGGGAAAGAGUGGUGGAUGUGUUUCUUGAUUUGUUUCAGACGGGGAUAAAGUUUGGCGUCACUCCGGACAGAGGACAGUGCUGAGGACAGAGGGACCGACGCGCGUCCAUAAAUGCCCGCUCCGCUGCACAGGCUCCAGGCUGGGCAGCAUGACGAGCACGGGCCAAAUGCUGCUGUUCGCGUUAUUGGCGGCGUGCGCGCGGUGUGGCGUCACACAGGGGGACCCUCUGCCUGCAGCCCUGGUGGAGCUGGUUAGAAACAAUCCAAUCUCCUCCAUAGAGGACCUUCAGCUGCUGCUGCUCACUGACUCCAUAGAAGAGGAGGAUGGAACUUCACUUCCCAAUGGAGGUCACAGGCUCCCAAGAAGCCUUGACGCUCAGCCAGCCCAACAGGCUCUGUGUAAAGUGCGUACAGAGGUGGUGGAGGUCACCAGGGCUAUGCUGGACCGAAGCAAUGCUAAUUUUAUGCUGUGGCCACCCUGCGUGGAGGUACAGCGAUGCUCUGGCUGCUGUAACACCAAAAGCCUGCAGUGUGUUCCUGUUCUCACACACACCAGAUACUUGCAGGUCAUGAAGAUCGAGUAUGUCAACAAAAAACCGACAUAUGCUAAAGCGGUGGUGUCAGUGGUGGAUCAUGUGGAGUGCCGAUGUCAGCCCGCUCCACGGCCACCAAUACCCAAGAAAAAGUCAUCUCGCAGACAACACAACCACAAUAAGGACCACCAAAGAAAUCAGACACUCAACGAAGCACAUGGGCAGGUGGUGUUUGAUUCCAAGGAUGAACUCCAUCAAUGGGAUGAGCUGAAGCAGAACCAGAAAACCAGCCUGGAGGAGCUCCUGGAGCAGCACUGGAGCCCCAGAGGAGACACCUUCACCCCACCUGGAGAAGGGUACAGUCUAGUUGGGGAGGACACAUCUCAGUUUGGUGAGGGUAUCCUGUUUGGUCCACACUGGGUACAUAACUCCACCAGGGUCUCUGAGACUAAAGCCCAAACUGAAAAUCAGGAGGCUACCGAGAGGAAUCAUGGGAGAUCAUCAGAUGGAAAUAAAACUUUUUCUUCACUGGAUGUUGUUAAAGAAAAGAACAAGGGAGUGGAAGAUGGGGAAUGGGCAUUGCUCAACAUGACUAAAGGGAAAGUUGAAUUGGGCAAGCAGGAGAUUCUAGGCUUCCAAGAGAGAAAUGGCGGCAUGGCCACUGGCAUGCCCAACAGCCACACAAAUGAUGUUCCUCCAUCUACCAAUGAGAAUAUUCAAACAAUGUUCAGCUUGACCACUGAGAGGAAUAGGUUUCAGCCCACCAAAGAGCCAAAUCCAGAGCCUCGGGAACAAGAGACACAUAAAAACACUGAGACCCCAGAUGAGGAGCAGAUAAUAAAUACUGAGGAGGAGAGACGUGAGCAUCUACAUCUCUACAAGAAGCUGCACCAUGAGAAGGAGAUACUGAGACAGCAGGAAAUAAAACUAGACGAAGAGAAAAUACAGAAGCAAAAGGAUAAAGAGGACAGUCAACAUCACCUGCAUAAUAAACAUCAUCAUCUGCAAACAACAACACACAAAUCAGAGACAACAUCUCAGACAACCACACAGAAAGCACCUGUUAUAGCAGGACCCAGGCCUCCAGUUCGCCCAAACCCGGUGAAGAAACGCAAGAGAAAGAAUCGCAAACAGAUUAGCAAGGCAGCUAUGAGAGCAAUGCUAAUGUAGGACUAAAAACGCAGAGAUGCAGACCUUGGUGCAUUUUGUGGAUUAUCCAGUGGUGCAGCACAGCGAUGCACUUCAUCAACAUGUUUCUUCAUUUGCUGAUAACCUGCUCGUUCUGUGAGAUCUCCUCAGUAACACUACUAACCUCUGCUCGGUGAAACCAUAACGAUGCUUACACAGAAAGAAGAAAAUGGAAUAGAAAUACAGGGUUUAACUGUUUUUUAAAGAGAAUACUUGGCACUACAAUGCGAGGUGUUGGUGCACCUGGAACCCUGAUGAAAGACAAAUCAUGUGGGAAACGCAGGAAAACCAUAUAACUGUGGAACUAUGAAAUUUAGUGCAAUCACAAAACUCAACUCGGAACUUUGCAUGAUAUCAACUAAGAGAGAUUGCACUUAUAUGAUGAUGGAAGCAAGUCUAUACAGGGAUUUUACCAGCAUAAU